GACCAGGAAAAUUUCCCCCAGCCUUUAACUCUCUGUUAAUUUCUCCCUUUUUUCUCCCGACUUUUCUUUCCUCGGCACUUUGGGAAGCGAGGGAAGAAUUUUUCCUGAGGAUGGUUUACACCGACCCCAGUUAACCGGCAGCUGGAGAGAGAUCAACUCCUGGCAAAGAAUAAGAAGCAAAGACUUAAAAAAAAUUAAAAAAAAAAGUUUGACAGCGAUUUCCACUUAAACUUCCUAAACCGGUGCCAGUCCCGAAGGGUCCCCCCUCCGAAUCCCGGCGUGGGGUGGGCGGGCAUCUCCGGCCUGACUCUCGCUCCUCCACUCCCCUCCCUAUUUCUAACACACGCACACACCACGAUUCCGCCCGCGAAACAUCUGGAUGGGGACUUGCGUCCCCGCACAUGGACAACUGCAGCCAAGGCUGGCUCCUGGGGAGCAAGUGCGGAAGUGCGCGCGGAAGCCGGGGCGCAGCGCUAGGUCUCUCCAGCGUCCUUCCUUCCAGCUGCUCCUGUCACCAGCGCCUGGCUCCGCCCCUCGGAGCCCGCCUCUUGUCUCUCAGCCAAUAGCAACCCCCGACUGCUCUCCACCGCCCCAAACCCUUUCCACACCCCCACGUUCCGUGAGCCGGUUGGCUGUCGAACCCUCAGCGGAGCGGCUGGAUUUGCAUGGUGCUCCGUGUUUCUGGUAGGUGGAGCGACCCGUCACUCCCGGUGGCCGGGCCCGCCCACUCUGCCUGGGUCCCCGGCUCUCUUCCUGCGCAGUUCUACUUUGCAGCCUCCGCGGGGAAGUGCCGGGGCUGCAGUCAAGGCUCGGUUCGCAGGACCGCGGGGAGGCAGCCCCGGCGAGCGGCCGUGCAGCGCGCACCGUUUGGAGGGGCCCGGGCGCGGGAGUGCGGCGCUCUGCUGGCCCCGAGCGCGGCGUCGCAGCACCCGACCAGCAGUUGCCGCCACCCGACUUUCGCUCCAGUUGCGGCUCCUCCGGGCAGCAUGUCAAAAGCCGCCGCCGCUACAGCUGCCGCCGCCACCUGGGGAAGAGCAGCAGCAGCAGCGGCGGCCGCGGGCGCGCGGGGGCAAUAAGCCGAACUACUCGGCGUCCAGGGAACUCUCUCCGCGCUCACGGCUCCGGCGGGACCCGCGCCAUGUGCUGAGCCAUGCCCCUCGCCGCGCCCGCGGGCAGCGCAUGGGGCAGCGCCUGAGCGGCAGCCGAUCCUGCCUCGAUGUCCCCGGCCGGCUUCUGCCGCAGCCGCCGCCGCCCCCGCCACCGGUGAGAAGGAAGCUCGCGCUGCUCUUCGCCAUGCUCUGCAUCUGGCUCUACAUGUUCCUGUACUCGUGCGCCGGCUCGUGCGCCGCCGCGCCCGGGCUGCUGCUGCUGGGCUCGGGGUCCCGCGCCGCCCACGCCCCGCCGGCCCUGGCCUCAGGUCGCGACGGACCUCCCUCGAGGCUGCCGUUCCCGGCGGCGCCAGCCACCCAGUUGGCUCCUGGCGGGGAGACGGCCGAGGGCGCCGUGAGCCAGGAAGAGCAGAGUCCCGAGGCGCCGGACUCCCCCAGCCCCAUCUCUAGCUUUUUCAGCGGGUCCGGCAGCAAGCAGCUGCCGCAGGCCAUCAUCAUCGGCGUGAAGAAGGGCGGCACGCGGGCGCUGCUCGAGUUCCUGCGCGUGCACCCCGACGUGCGCGCCGUGGGCGCCGAGCCCCACUUCUUCGACCGCAGCUACGACAAGGGCCUCGCCUGGUACCGUGGAGUCUAUCAAGAGGACAACCUGGGGGAAACAGACAUUAUGGACACCCCUGGGGAUUGUGUCCAUUGGAAGCCAGCAGCGAGGACAGAGAAUUGGGGACGAAUCCAGUUGAUUUCACUCAGCUCGUGGUGUCCCUGGACUACAAUGGCCACUGAUGGACCUGAUGCCGAGGACCCUGGAGGGGCAGAUCACCAUGGAGAAGACGCCCAGCUACUUCGUGACGCGCGAGGCGCCCGCGCGCAUCUCGGCCAUGUCCAAGGACACCAAGCUCCUGGUGGUGGUGCGGGACCCGGUGACCAGGGCCGUCUCGGACUACACGCAGACGCUGUCCAAGCGGCCCGACAUCCCCAGCUUCGAGAGCCUGGCCUUCAGGAACCGGACGGCGGGCCUCGUGGACCGGGCGUGGAGCGCCAUCCAGAUCGGCCUGUACGCCGAGCACCUGGAGCGCUGGCUGCGCCACUUCCCCGCCCGGCAGCUGCUCUUCGUGAGCGGCGAGCGGCUGGUGCGCGACCCGGCCGGCGAGCUGGGCCGCGUGCAGGACUUCCUGGGCCUCAAGCGCAUCAUCUCCGACAAGCACUUCUACUUCAACCAGACCAAGGGCUUCCCCUGCCUCAAGAAGGCCGAGGGCAGCGGCCGCCCUCACUGCCUGGGCAAGACCAAGGGCAGACCCCACCCCGAGAUCGACGGCCAGGUCCUGCGGCGGCUGCGCGACUUCUACCGGCCCUUCAACCGCAAGUUCUACCAGAUGACGGGCCACGACUUCGGCUGGGACUGAUCAGACCCUCCCGCCCCCACCCCCCGCCUCCCCUACCCGGGGCUUAGGAAAUAUUGAGAGAGAUUAUAUGUAUGUAAAAUGUACAGAAAUCUAUUUUAUAAUAAUUUAUUUUUAAUUCAUAAGCAAUUAAUUCACUAAGCUGCCUAGCCACGCUCUUUAGAGAGUCACCUAAUCUGUUAACAUUCCAAAGUGUUUCUAAUAUUUUCUUCUUGUCUUCACAAUGGAUGGUGCUUCCUUUUUUUUUUUUUUUUCUUUCUUUCUACCCAUUGUAUUUAAAAAGAAGAAAAGCACAACUUGAGAUUUUUGUUGUUACGGGUAUGCAGCCUUCGAUCGCUGUCUGGAUGCACUUGCCCACCUCCUCAUAUGGAAGCUUCCAUCUCCCUUCCUGCCUGGGCACCUCUGGGAGCUCUGGGCCGCCAGACCUUCACAUAGCAGCUUUCUCGCUGACGUGCUGACACAUCCAAGGGCGUAGACUCCAAACCACAGCGCUCGGUUUUCCCCCCAAGUCCGCUCAGCACACAGGGGAAUCACUACCUUGGCAGGAACCUCCACAUCCUUUGAGAGUCUGCCUGUCAGGGCCCUUGACUUUACCUUUUGAUUCUGAAGGAUUCCCCUGCCUCAUCUUCUGCCCCAUCCCUGGUUCAAUAACCGGCUUGAAGUGUAUGCAAAUUAUCAGUCCCCACUUCUGCAGGUCCCGUGUGUGAGAUGCUUGGCUGCUGCUUUAGAAAUAAAGACGAUCCCUUAUAAUUUGCAUGCGAGUGCAUCGUGUUCCGUUCUCCAGGCAGACGGUUCUGCUUUGACACACCAAAGAAUCCCCUAGGCCAGCAGAGCCACCGGAUCGAACCAAGGGUGCCGGGUGUCGAGACCUGCAGGGGUCAGGUUCAUCCCACGCCAUCUGAGUCUACCAAGGUGCCACUAGGUGCGGAGCCAGCCCCUGUUUGGUGUCUGGAACUCCCCUCCCUGGAAUUCCUAGCUCAUCUCAGACAACACGCUCUGUAGCCAACAGCCAAACAGCGAGAACCAGGAGAGGCUCUUGUAAAAAGAGACUGGGAACGCUGGCCCAUGUUGCCUGCAAGCGCUCGAGCCUGUGCCGCUGUCCCUUGUUUUAGGCAGGCCCUGGCAGAAGGGGUGCCAGCACUGUGGCUGCUGGCGCAGAAUGUCCUCCCCUACCUCUCUGUGGAGGGGGCAGAGGAGGGGUCAUUUGUGAUGACCAGCUAGUGGCAGUUGGGUAACCGUAUAGCAAUAUCAAAGAACUGUCAUUUGUGUUCUACUUUCACUAAGGAACAUAUGGGAAGAUACUGUCAAAAUGGUUGGGUUGUGAUAUUUCCAAAGGACACUUUGGUAUGUUCUUUUGGAUAACUCGCUCGCCAGUGAAACAAAACACUCGUCUUUAAGGGAUGUCUUAUCGAUAAUCUGGUCUGUCUUUGCCCACAAGUUUUAGCCCCGACGUAGCUAGUUAGCGCUUAGCUGCAAAGCUAAGGUGUAGAAGGAUGGGCACGGGGACGUGGAGGCGGGAGCUCUGUGCAUUCCUGAGAUGCUGUGUGCAUUUCAUAGCUUUGUUACUGCCUCUACCAAGCCGUGUAGAACCUGCACUUAGGGGAACGCCCAUAAUCAUGGCAUGGCUCUUCCCUCUUGCUGCUUGGGUGUCAAAGACAUCUUCAUGAGGGUGCUAAUUGAUCGUGCAUUUCUCCAAUCAGAAGGCUCAUUAGAAGUAAAACUGGGAACACCUCUUUUCCGUUACAGCAUAACAUCGCUCAAAGUCAAAGCCAGCCCACAUCUGCCACCCGAUUCGGCCCUGUCCGCUUUCUGUCUACUCUCGUGCUCUGACAUUGUGUGUGAUGUCAACUUGCAAAAAAAGUUCAGAGAAGGGUUUGCCACAAAGCAGCGGGGAAAUGCACAUGAACUUUUCCUUCCCCUCCAGGUCCCUGCUUGUCUUUCUAAGCUGGACCAUUUUCGAUUAAGUUGUUUAUUCCCUGCCUUAAAACUGAAACAGGAAAUCCUCAGAGAGAAGGAGGGUCAUUUAGUCAUGAACACUGAAGUGAGUCAAGAUUCUAUUCUGGGUCAAAUCCUUGAAUCCAAACAGAUGUCGAUAAUUAGCACUGAAGGACUAGAGCGAGUUUUUCUGUGGAAGACAAAUAAAUCAGACUUCCUGUGCAUCUCUUCCGAGGAGUCUGACGGCUUACGGUUCCUGACGGCUCCUGACUCAGCGUCGGCCCCAAGGUUACACCCCCAUCGCGUGAUACUUAUUACAGGGCACAUGUGUCUUCCUCCUGGAGAAGUUGGGCGAUACAUAAAAUUAGGCUUUGACUUUCUUCCUGUUCUAGCCAUCUGCACGACCACCGACUUAACCUUUUAGCUGCUAGAAGACAAACACCAUUUCUGGUUUGGCAAUUUGUCCUAACACGUUUUGGGUUUCUUCCGGAUUACAGGAAAAGCUCUGAUAUUCAUGGGGUACUUGAUUCCGCUUAGUUUGUUUAAAAACAAACAAAAAGGUUAACAAAAAAUUUGGAGGUUGUUAUUGUUCCUGUCGAGCCCAUGCUGUCUUUGAGGUGUUCGUACUUGGUAAGUGGUACCUGGAAGGGUGUUUAGGUGUAGUGACCGCAUCAUAAACGUUUAAUUGGAAGAUGAAGGAAGAGAAGUUGUCUUCUUCAUGGGAUCCUCCUAUGAAGUCAUUUUGAGUGACAGGUACAUUAUAGGCCUUUGGAGAAACACAGUUUCAGAUCCUACCAGGAUAUUUUCAUGAGAAAGGAAAAUGGAAGGUUCCGCUAAACUAGAAACACAUAGUGUCUAAAAUGCUGACAUGGAAGUCAAUGUCCUUUUUCUUUUUAGUUGAUCAAGAAAGAUGGUCAGUAGAACUUCAAGGUGUGGUUAGAUUUUUUUUUUCACUUUUGUAACAUUAAUUUAUGACUGAGUUUCAUUCAGCCCAGUAACCUGGAAUACUGCAAAUUCUAGCAGUGUGUCCUCUAUAACCUGGAUGUUAGAAUAACCAAUAUGUACAAAAAGAAAAAAAAAUUAAAUCAAAUAUUUUGUCCUAUGUAUAACACAAAUUAAUUUUACACAGAGAAAGAUGUUUCUAGGAAAAUGAAAUUCUGG